AUGAAUACGUAUGUGUCUCUUCAGAAAUGUAUACUUUUUGAAAUGGUUAGUAUAUUAUAAUCUUUGUGAAAAUUGCAAAAUACAGAAAACGAGAAAGAGCCAGAGAUGCAAAUUGGAACACCAACAGAUGUAAAACAUGUUGCUCACAUUGGUUGGGAUGGAGGAUCUGCCAAUCAAAAUUCACCCAGCUGGAUGAAUGAUUUCAAUGCGUCGGGUGGAUAUUCAUCAUCGUCGCCUCUAGGAAAUAUCAAGGAGGAUGGCUCUUUCAUUUCUGAAGAUUCAACACGAUCACGUGAUAUACCAAGACAUCCAAAAUCGUCGAGAGACCGUUCGAACAAUUUGGAAUCACCAGCAAAAGAACGAUCACGACGUGCAACUUCAAAUUCUAAUGGGAAUCCAAAAACUUCACGAAGAUCAAAAGAAUCUUCCAGUAAUUCUCAAGAUGGUUCUGUAAGAUCUCGUCGUAAAAAGUCUAAAGAUUCCGUGAACGGUGGAUCUACAAGAUCGUCGCGGAGAGCACGUGAUUCUCAGACAGAAUCUACAAAUGGUUCAAUUUCUGAUGGAGAAUCAUUGAUAUCACUCUCCUUCGAAGAUCUUUAAGGACACGUAAUGUUACAGUGUUUGUCUCAAAAUGGCAUAUAUACAGCUUUGGUUGGUUACUAGAGGAAAUUCAAGCUUGCAUGGAGUUUUUGGAUUUUCUAGAGAAAAAUGUGAUUUGUCAUUAUAUAAUCAACCGAGGGGAUCAACUGAAUCCGGAUGUGGAUUUCUGCUGAGUUAUUAUUAUCACUAAUUUCACAAAGAUAUAAAUAUAUGUUUUCAGAACAAAGUUUACGCUUUUUAAAAGGUUUACUUUUGGUUUUUAAUAGUUUAAAUUCUAAAUAUUCGUGUAAUUCAAACAUGUAGUUAAAAUUUGAUGAUGAUGAAUGAAAGAAUGCAUUAUAAAUAAUGUUACUGUCAUUUUGAAUCAGUUUUAUCUUUAAACCUACCUUCAUGCGAAUUUCUUCCAAACGAUCCGGACAGGCUAAAUAAACCGGACGCUAAUGUGGUGUUUUGCUCCAUGGUUUACAAAUUUAGACCAAAUUAUGAGAUAGAUGCCCGAUAUAUGAAGAACAGAGGAUGUAAAAUAAGAUU